UAAAGUCCUCAAGAGGAUGUGGCUGCAGAACCUGCUUCUCCUGGGCACUGUGGUCUGCAGUUUCUCCGCACCCACUCGCCCACCCAGCCCUGUCACCCGGCCCUGGCAGCAUGUGGAUGCCAUCAAGGAGGCCCUGAGCCUUCUGAACCACAGCAGUGACACUGCUGCUGUGAUGAAUGAAACAGUAGAAGUCGUCUCUGAAAUGUUUGACUCCCAGGAGCCGACAUGCCUGCAGACCCGCCUGAAGCUGUACAAGCAGGGCCUGCGGGGCAGCCUCACUAGUCUCUCGGGCUCCCUGGCCAUGAUGGCCAGGCACUACGAGCAACACUGCCCCCCCACCCAGGAAACUUCCUGUGAAACCCAGACUAUCACCUUCAAAAGUUUCAAAGAGAACCUGAAGGAUUUCCUUUUUAUCAUUCCCUUUGACUGCUGGGAACCAGUCCAAAAGUGAAGCAGGCCAGACCAGCUGGAAGCCAGCCUGGGAGCUUACCUCACAGAUCGCUGCCCUCCUACCCACAAAGAGCCAAACAAAACUCAGGAUCUUCACACUGGAGGGACCACAGAGAGGGCCAGAGCUAUAGGGGGACACUGACUUGUUCAGGGCCAUGUUGACCCUGAUACAGGUGUGGCAGGGGAAACG